AUGCCUUAUUCGAUCGAAGUCGAGCUCGAGCUCGUCGAGCUGCUGGAGGAUUUCGUGAUAUCGCUGGAUUUCUGCGUCGGCACCUUCUAUGAGGUUGCCUGCUCGGUCGAAUUGUGCCAUGGUGAACAUUUGGCUUUGUUCGCUGAGUAUCUCCCCAACGCCGCCAACGAUGUGCUGUCCAGCAGCAGCAAGCCCUGGCUCGAGGCCCUGCUUGCGGCGCGGGACGAACUUGACCCGCCUCCUCCGGUUCCCUGGCCCAGCGCAGCCUGA